UUCGGGAAUACUUCGCCAUGUCCACGAACAGCUCUACCAUCUGUGCAUACCCUGCGAGCUCCGCCUCAUCGUGCAGCUCGCUGCCCCUUUGAGCUAGUGCCAAUCGUACCUCGGUACAACGAUAGGUAUCGAAAAUGCCAUCGUCGGGCACCGAGGCAGCUCCGCAACGCCCAGCUUGCCCGCGACCGAAAUACAUGUCUUCUGAUGACAUUGAGCUGCUUUUCGUAGACAUCAUCAACGUCUCCAUCCAGGUGGCAUUUCUAGUCUGAUAAUUACUACAAAGUUGCUUUGUACAUCCACCAUGUCAGCACAAGCAGAUGUCAACCUCACCGACUUCUCGUCCAUCUUUCGACUCGAUGGCAAGGUCGCGGUGGUCAGCGGAGGAUCGCGCGGACUUGGUCUUCAUGCAGCAUCGGGCCUUCUUCAGUCAGGCUGCUCCAAGGUCUUCAUCACAAGCCGCAAAGCGAGCGCAUGUGAGGAAGCUGUCGCAGCGCUCAAUGCGCUUCCCAACCUCGCGCCGGGCGCAAAAGCUAUCUCCAUCCCAGCCGAUUCCUCCAAACUAUCCGAGAUCGAAAGACUUGUAGCAGAGGUGAAGAAACACACAGACCACGUGGACAUCCUUUUUGCCAACGCAGGUGCAACUUGGGGAUCUGAAUUUGAAAAAGUGGACGAGAAGAAUGGGUGGGACAAGAUUAUGGACCUGAACGUCAAGGGUGUCUUCUUCACAAUCCAGAAGUUCACACCCCUUCUCACUGCAAAAUCGUCCAAAGAAGACCCCUCCCGUGUCAUAGUGACCGGCAGCGUCGCCGGCCUGGGCAUUGGCUCAGUUGGCAAAGUUGGCGCAUACUCCUACGCCACGUCCAAAGCUGCCGUCCUCCACCUCGCCCGCAACCUUGCCAUUGAGCUAGGCCCCCGACAUGUUCUGGUGAACAGCAUUGCACCUGGCUUCUUUAUGUCGAAGAUGGCGAAGGAUAUAAUGAAUCAGCAGGGCGGUGAAGAAGCGUUGGGCAAGGAAAGCCCGAAUGGCCGCGUGGGCAGGCCGGAAGAUAUCGCGGCGACCGUGGUAUAUUUGAGUAGUCGCGCAGGCGCGCAUGUCAAUGGAGAAACAGUGAGAUUGGAUGGAGGCAAGUUGUUGGGGGGCUACAGGCUGGAGAGGCUUGAGAAGCUGUAAAAUGCUCUAACAACUAGAUAUGUACAACUACCUGUUUUCCCA